GUAUACACCUUGUGUGCCGGAGGCUGGAUGUAAAUAAACACAAAUCUCGCGGGUGCUGCAUUCCGAUAAUCGGCAAUCUUCCGCGCGUUAUCGCUCGAACAGAAGCACAAUUACGACAUUCCAGACCAACAUCGCCCACAGCCCAUCAUGUCUGAGGAAACCUCCGACAGCGAAAGUCAGGAUAUUCAGGAGCACAACGACACAGUCCGGGCCCUAUCGGCCGGUUUGCUACAGAUCUACGAGCCUAAGCUAAAGGAGGUGAAGGAAAACUUGAAGGAACUAAUUAAUAAGCAGAAUGAUCUACAAAUUGCAAUGACCAGCGAAAAGAAUGCUUUCUCCAGUCGGCAGAUACAGGAAGUGAACGAAAUGGUGCUGAAGACCAAAGCGUACAAAGAUAAGGUGGCGCGCAUUAAGCUGCAGAUGCACCAAAUACACCAACGAACAAAGAAUCUCAGGGCAAAAGCGUUGGAAAUUCAGGAACUUAAAGUGAACCAAUGUGCAACGAAACUGCAACAGUUGCACUACGAAGAAUCGUUGGUGGCUAACAGCAAAAGAACGCCGCGAAAAUCUUAAUCCCGUGCUCCCGUAGGGGGGAUUUUAGAGGAUCCCGUGAUAUGCUCAAAGCAGUAAGAAGAAAGCAACGUUGGCACCACUUAAUCGCAUUUGAAACUGUUCUUCAAAAACACACGGAUGGACCGUUUGUUGGGACUAUUGUCCCGGUCGGUCGGACGGCAAGACUAACCGGACAGUGUAUAGUGUGCUGUAAAGCGCGCGCGUCUGUCUAUGCAACGAAGCAAUCUUUAAACAUUAUUAUUACAAUACAAACCGAUGGGAGGGAAUGGAACCGAUUAGUGAGAGCAGUUAUCUGAAAAUGCUACACAUUUUAGCAAAUUUCAUUCGAAACGAGUGUAAGAAAAAUAAAACCCGUGCCUGAAGGAAUCGCUGUGGCCCAUCGGCUGUCGGAGAGAGGGACUGCGUGUGUGUGUGCUGGUGGCCGUGCGCCAUAUAUUGCCAAAACUCAAAAAUCAGAGAGAGUGUUUCCGGUGUUAUUUUAGUAUCUUCCGCGGAAUGGAAAACGGUACACAAAAACACACACACACACACGUGCACACACUGUUGAGCGGGAAACGAACGGAAACAAUCAAAUAAAAUAAACUAAUAAUCAAAACAAAAAAAGGUUAAAA